AUGGCUGCCACUGCUCCCUCCCUUCCACGUCUCGAGAGUAGCGAAAGCAUUGGAUUCAACCCCGACUUCUCUACCCCAACCAACGGUACUACCCCAGCAGAUGGCCCAACGUCACCUGUAGAUGGAGCUACCCAUGUACCAUCUACAGCGCCUGCACCUGCAUCCGCGCCGGCUCCAGCGAUACACGUCCAGCCAAGCGAGAAACAGCAAGAGACACAGGAUCCUCAGAUCCAACAGAAGGUCAAGGAUGUCAUGUACUCGGAUAUUGGGGUCAAUACCCUCCUGAACCGAUUGAAAGCAAGCAUUGCGAGCGCAAGGGACUUUGCAAGUUUUUUAAAGCGUCGUGGUGCCAUUGAGGAGGAACAAGCUAAUAGCUUGAAGAAGCUCAGUCGCCUGACUCUUGAGAAUCUUCACAAAGCCGAGGCUCGCCAUGAGAGCUACCAGCAACAGUUCGAACAAGUCAUGCACGCGAACGAGCGCAUUGCCGACCACGGAACACAAUUCGGACUUGCCCUGCACGCCAUGCACGAGAAUCUGCUUCAACUCUCUAAUAAGAUGGAUCUGAGUCGGAAGGAAUUGAAACAUCAAGGCUUGGCUGCGGAAAAGAAGGUUCAAGACGCCGAGUCGUUGGCGGAGAAGGCCAAAGCGAAGUAUAACCAGCUGGCGGAAGAUCUCGACCGAGUCAAGACAGGUGACACAGGUGCUGGGCGUAAAUUUGGAAUAAAAGGCCCCAAAUCUGCGGCACAACAUGAGGAGGACCUGCAAAAGAAAUUGAAACUGGCGGACGAAGAUUACGCUUCGAAAGUACGGAUCGCACAAACGAACCGAAGGGAGCUUGAGUCUACUUCCCGUCCACAGUCCGUGACCGCGCUUGUCGAACUCAUCAAAGAGCUUGACGCUGCGCUUACCAUGGAGAUGCAGAAGUUUGCCUCCUUCAACGAGAAGCUCGUCGUCAACAAUGGCCAAGUUGUUAGCCCUCAGGCGCUCAAAGGAAGUACCACGCAGCCUCCUCCAAGUAUCAAUAACAUGGUCUACCAGAUCAACAACGAUCGCGACUUUAAUGACUACAUAUUGAAGCAUGCGGCGAAAAUACCUUCUGUACGCUCUGAGUUGCAAUACGUAAAACAUCCUACUCAGGCGGGAGGUUCCUACCAACAACCCCCAACAGCAUCUCCUGCAAACAACGCCAACCGACGAAGCUCUACACAAAUACAAAGCCAGCCCCCGCCUGCCUUUUCGGUUCAACCACCUACGCAAUCCCCGCAAUCUCACCAGACACCUUUCCCAGAGCCCACUCAGCAGCCAGGCUUCCAGAGCUAUAACCCCAGUUUCGUACAGCAGCAACAGCAACAGCAGCCAUAUCAACAACAAUCGUCUCAGUCGCAGCCGCCGGCCAAACAAAAUCCUUAUUCCUCUGAUAUAUCACAGUAUCCAGGACAAGCUGCAUACUCCCCGGUGGCACAGAAUCCAUACGGCCAGAAUGACUAUGCUGGAGGACUGGCCGGACAAUCCAUGGUCCAGCAAUCCAGUGGAGUCAUUGGCGCACACACCUCCGGCCCACCAAUCAAUCCCAUCUUUGGGGUCACACUGGACGAAUUGUUCGCCAGAGACGGAUCCCCUGUCCCCAUGGUUGUGUAUCAAUGCAUCCAGGCAGUUGACUUGUAUGGUUUGGAAGUUGAGGGUAUCUAUCGAAUUCCAGGGACAACAUCUCACAUACAAGAGAUGAAGGCUCUGUUCGACCGCGAUGCGAGCCAAAUCGACUUCCGCAACCCCGAAGCAUUCCGUCACGAUGUAAAUAGUGUAGCUGGACUUCUCAAGCAGUUCUUCCGCGAGCUUCCAGACCCACUCUUGACAUUGAAUUUCUACGGGAAGUUUAUUGAUGCGGCCCGUAUCGAGGAUGAGACCAUGCGCCGCGACUCGAUGCAUGCACUCAUUAACGAUCUGCCCGAUCCCAACUAUGCAACCCUUCGAGCGCUCGUACUGCAUCUAUAUCGCGUUCAGGCAUCAUCCGAAGUCAAUCGCAUGAGUACAGCCAAUCUAGGAAUUUGCUGGGCUCCUUCGAUAAUGGGACCUCACAAAGGCAACAAUAUGGCCGACGCUGGCUUACAGGCACGAGUGAUCAUCACUAUUCUGGACAAUGUUCUCCAGAUCUUUGAUGAAGAUUAA